CUGUCUCGUUCCGUUCGACUGUCGCUCCUCGGAUCUCACUACCCCAUUCCCGAUAGUAAAAUUCGCCGCUAAGUUCCUCACCCCGAUACCGAGAGUCUAUCCCCCCAACUCCAAAACACUCGCAGACACGAGUCUCAACAAGGAUAUCAGCCCCUGGACGUUGAUAACUCCGUGAAAAAGAAAGAAAGAAAAAAAAAACAAUAGUUCAAUCUCCAUAAAUCAGUUAUAACAAAAUUUUUAUUUAUCACAGAGACUCGACUCGAGUCCAACAUCGAAUCCCAGGAGAAUUUCACCUUGAUGGACCUCUCGACGAUAGCCAACUCCAAGGUAUCUUGGGGUGCGUGAAAAUGGCGAGGAGAAAGAAGAGCGAUGGUAAUGGGACUGUUAAGCCAAUUAAUCCAGUGGCUGUUCGUAAAUCGAGUCGUCAGAUAGCUAGGAAACAGUCAAUUGAUGGUAAAAAAAUUAAUGGUGAUGUGAUACUUGGUGAUGUUGAUAGAACACAUGAGGAGACCCAAAAACCACCUGAAGUUGUCAUCAAACGUAAGAGGGGUAGACCUCCGAAAGAGGUGAAAAAUGCCAGUCAACAGGGAAAAAUUGGUGGUAAAAAAUCAACGAGUCUCAGUCAAUCAGAAGUUAACAGUGUUGAUGAUGAUGAUAUCAGUCAAGAGGAGACACAAAAAAUGAGUGAGGAUAUUGUGAAAAUCAGUGAUAAUGAUGAUAAAAAUUGUGGAGACAUUAGUGAGGUAUUACCACCUGGGGAUAAUGAAACACCACCACCCAAAGAUUAUUCAGUUCCUGAUAAAAAUCACUCCAAUGAUCUCGAGAUCGAGGAGUCAGAGCCCCUUGAAAUGAUGCUGGAUAAUUCUCAGGAUGUCUCGGAAUUGGAGACAUGGACGAGGGAGGAUAUCAUCGAGGAGACAAUAAUUUGUGAGGAGAUGGAGGUGGAGACUGAGGAAGUUGAGGGAUCUGAUUACGUUGAGCAGGAUUCAAAUGUUGUUCUUGAACAGGUACUUCUGGUUGAUGAGCCAAAUUUUGUGAGUGAAGAUGUGGUUUAUGUUAUUCAUAAUGAUGAUGUCACUGAAUCAGUGGUGAUGGAGACACCUGAUGAAGUACCUGGGGAUGAUAGUUAUCAGGAUUCACGUGAAUAUCAGGUUAUAGAGCAGGGAGUUGAGUGUUUGAGUGUUGAUGAUCCUGUAACGAGUAAUAAUUGUGACAAUAUCGUUGAGAGUAAAGUGAUUAACGAAAUCAGUGAGGAGUCUCAGCCCUCUGGUGUGCCUGACCCUGAGAAAGAUGAUCUGGUGAAGGAUGAAAAGGUGGAGGAAAUGAUAGUGGAUAAAGUCGUGAUGGAGGAAUCACCUGAAGUGUCUCAAGAGCCUAGUCCUGGUGACAAUCCUGCCUCCAAUGGUUUAUCCCCUCAACAUCCUCCAGAUGUUUUUCCAGAAAUUCAACCAGUUGUUCCUCCAGAGCCCCAAAAAAUUGACAGAAGGAGAAAGCCAAGAGCUGCAAAGACGAAAUCGAAAAGAAUGGAAAAUUCAGACUUUGCAAAUGAUGAUUCCCAAUCGAUACCUCCAAAAGAGGAAAUUUAUCGUCCAAUGGAGGCCCUUGAGGACUCCAGCAGCUCGAAUCUCGAUUCAACAUCGACAAAUCCAAGUAUCACCUCCUCAGAGCCCUCGAAGUCUCCCCAGACCGAUGAAAUUCACGAUCGAUUGCCAGAAAAUCGUCUCCUGAUCGAAUCCCUGAUGGCAGUACCAACCGAGGACUCUGACAACAGUAAUCAGCCGUCGAGCUCAGAGAGUGCCAAAGCCACGGAGAUGACGGAUAUCCCAGAGACACCCCAGAGCACAGAGGAGCUCUCACGAGAGAGUGAACCUGAAUUAAAAGCCUUUGAGGAUCAAAAAUUUUCAUCGAGCAGUGAAAACAGCAACGAUACUGUCACCUCAAAGCCCCAGGAGGAUAAAUCCAUGAUUGAAGAUCAUGAUAAAAAACAAUUUAGAUCGAGAAGUGGCAGUACAGAUACAACUGGAUCGGAAUCGGGCUCCAAUAGCUCUGGUGUUCGUCGUAGCAGUAGAAUACGCUCACAGGGACUUAUGAAACAACGACCAAAAGGUAGGGGACUAGUCACAAAACCCAUUGCAGAUGUCACCAAAGCACUUCAGCUGGAGCGAGAUAAAAUUCAAACACCACCAGCCCGAGACACACCAGAUUCACAAUCUGAAACACAAUCGGACAAAGAGAACAGUAAUAAAUCAAUUCCAUCCGAUUUGAAUGCACCUAAUGUACUGGUACCAGGGUACGACUCAGACUCAACAAAACCAGUUAAAGUUAAAUCGAGAUGGAGAAGAUCUAGUGAAUUAGAAAUGGGUGGUAAUACAUCGAGAUUGGGAUUCAACUCUCAAUCAAUUCUCAACUCAUCGACAUCAUCAUCAAAUCCUGAAACACUUGUUCCAGUUCCUGAGAACUCAGUAAUCACUUCAUCAAUUGUCAAUGAAUGUGAAAACCUGAAGGAGAUGAUUUCAUCAUCUCCAGUGCCUAAAGAGACAGACAGAGAGAUGGAGGAGCGUCUCAGUCAAUUUGAGAUAAUAAAAGAGAAUCUCUACCUCACAGAGCGUUACACAAAUAAAGAAACCAAAAGAAUGACUUGUGAUUGUUUUCUCACUGAGGAGGAAUUGGAGAGAGGUGAGAUGGGAUGCGGUGAGGAUUGUCUCAAUCGUUUAUUGAUGAUUGAGUGUGGAUCACGAUGCAAUAUCAAUGACAGAUGUACCAACAAACGAUUUCAGAACUGUGAGUAUGCAAAGUGCGAGGUAUUUAGAACUGAGAAGAAAGGUUUUGGACUUCGAGCUGUACAGGAUCUGGUGCCUGGUGAAUUUAUUAUGGAGUACGUUGGUGAGGUGCUUGAUCCAAAGGACUUCAGGAGACGAGCCAAGGAGUAUUCCAAAGACAAGAAUAAACAUUAUUACUUCAUGGCACUCAAGUCUGAUCAGAUUAUCGAUGCAACGAUAAAGGGUAAUAUAUCGAGAUUUAUAAAUCACAGCUGUGAGCCCAAUGCUGAGACCCAGAAGUGGACAGUUAAUGGUGAAUUGAGAAUAGGUUUUUUUAAUCGGAGAUUUGUGGCUGCUGGUGAGGAGAUCACAUUUGAUUAUCAUUUUCAAAGGUAUGGAAAGGAGGCGCAGAAGUGCUACUGUGAGGCGCCAACUUGUCGGGGAUGGAUUGGUGAUACACCUGAUGAGGAGCAGGAGAAGACUGAGAAGAAGGAGAAACGUGAGCGGGAGGAUAAGAAGAAGAAGAGAGAAGUGAAGAAAUCGUACAUGGAGGAUGAGGAUCUUGAGGAGGAGAUUGAUAAAUUGUGCAGCUGUGGAUUGAAGAAUCGAACUCAUACUUUGACACUCAGCAGAUUGAUGGUGAGAUCGAGGGAAAUGGAGGACAGGAGUCGAUUACUCAAGGUUCUUCAGUCUGGUGUUGAGGCGUGCAGGAGAUUAUUUCUUGAUUAUCAUGGAUUGAGACUUAUGUGGAGUUAUAUGAUGGAUGUCGCUGGAAUAAAUGGUGAAGAGGCCCAGUUGUUCAGGCUGGAGCUUGUCAAGACUUUGCAUACACUGCCAAUACCUAAUAAAACAAUGCUGAUUGAUAGUAAAGUACUUGGAGUUGUGGAGAAGUGGUCGGAGGAAAUAAUUGAUGCAUCACCCAAAUCUGAAUCACCGAGUGAUGAUAGCAGUAGAAUUGGUAAAACAAAAAUUGAUGAGGAGCUCGAUAGCAAUUGUGAUAGCAGUGAUAAAUGUGAGAGCAAGGGAAAUGAUAAAGGAGGUGAUAAAGAAUCACCAAUUGAUAAGGAACAGGUUGUGGAGUGUCAGGAGUCACUCGGUGAGACUGACAAUGCAAAAUUAAUAAUUGAUCUUGCUAUUGAGCUGUUGAACAAGUGGUCGUCGUUGAAGGAAGUCUUCAGGAUACCAAAGAAGGAGAGAAUUGAACAGAUGAAGGAGCACGAGAGAGAGGCGGAUAUCGGGUAUAAAGAGGAUUCUGAGAAAGAGGGUAGGAGGGGAUCAUCGGGAUAUGAGAGACGAUCGUCAGGGUAUGAGAGACGACAGAGAAGUGAUCGGAGAAGGGGCAGGGAGAGUCCUGAGCCAGAGUCACACAGGAGUAAGGAUAAAGAGAGAUCUAAUUUGAUUGCUGUCCCUAGGCUGACCAAGUACGAGAGACGACAGCUAUUUGCUAUGAAGGUCGCUAAGGAGGAGGAGGAGAGAAUCAGGAGGCAGCAGCAGGAGGCAUUUCAGCAUCAUGAGUCCAAGUGUGUGGCACUUGGUUUAGAUCCAAUUGCUACACCUAUUAUUGAUCCUAAUACUGGAUAUCCAUUAUUUUUUAAUCCGAAUUUGGGACAGUGGCAGGGAUAUCCAGUUCACGAGGGUCAAGAUAUCACUGGACACAAUCAGCUGCACAUGAGGCACAAUCAAAUUCACAUGGGACAGAGUCCUGGUGGUAUUGGACAGGGAAUUAAUCAGAGUAUUCAUGGUAAUGUACCUGGAAUGCAACCAGAUAUAUCCCCAGGUAUUCCUCCACCAGUUUAUGGGCCUGGAAUACCAUCUGGAUUUCCACCACCUGGUGUUGCCUAUCCGGGAAUGCCUCAGGCUCAGGGACAAUUUGAGGGGCACAUCAUUCAGAAUAAUCUCAUACCUGUGCAUAAUGGUACACCAACAGUUUCAGGAAAUGUAUCUGGUGUUUAUAUUGAUAAUAAAGGUACUGAUUGUGGAUCUGGAGGUAUUGUCACUGCCACACCAAUGGAGACUAUUGAGGAGGACGUGGAGACUGUUCAAACGGAAAUUCCCCCCCUUGAUUUACCACCUAGAUGGAAAUGUGCGAAGGACGUGAGGGGAAGGUAUUAUUAUUAUCACGUGAAGGAGAGAAUUUCUCAGUGGUUGCCACCACCACCGACGCACAUUGGGGUGCAACCGGACACUUCAUCGAGUGAGGAGAGCAGUGAGGAGAGCAGCACCAGUGAGGAUGACGACGAGGAGGAUGAGGACGAGCCUUGGGAGGAGGGUGAGACACCACCUGUUGAGAAAAUUAAAUCGAGGGAUCCAAGAAUUGCUGGAGCUGGUCCUGAGGCAAAAAAACGGAGGGAUGGACUGGUCCAGGAGAGAAUUAUUAGUCCUAGGAGAGAGGAAGAUCGUGUGGAUCAUAAAAAGUAUAAGGAUAUCAAGGACAAACUUAGGCGUCAGAAGGAGAGGGGAAAGAUGAAGGAGCACAUUGACAAAAUGAGAAAACAUCGGAGGGCUAAUAAAGCAAAGUCCCAGGCUAGGCAUACUGCUAUUAAACUGCAGGCUAUUGCUCAGUCCAACGAACUCACUGCUGAGAGAAAAAUAAAAGACAGUUUUCGGGUCAAUAUGGCAACGGUUAUCGUUAAAUUCUUGAAUCCUUACAGACAGGGUGACUGCAAGCAGGGGAGAAUUACGAAUACCGAGGAUUUCAAGUACCUGGCGAGAAAGUUGACUCAUUUCGUAAUGGCUAAAGAGCUCAAGCACUGCAAGAGCGUCGACGAGUUGCAGUGCAAUGAAAAUGUGAAACAUAAAGCUAAAGACUUUGUACGUAAAUACAUGAACAAGUUUGGCCCAGUUUACCAACGAUCCUCAGACGAUGAUUAACACAAUGUACAUUAGUGAAAUGAUAAUGAAUGGUAAUUGCCAUGGGAGAAUAUUUGAAUGAAUGGUGAAGAAUGUAAAGUUCAUUUAUAGAGUUUGUAUGUAGAUAAAUCAACGUUCGACUUUUAGGGAUAAACAUUGAGGUAGGUGAUAUUUUUCCAAACGUGAUAAUCUCACCAAUUGCAAAAAUUUUUAAUUAUUUUUAAGAUAAAUGUUUUUCUCCCCUUUUCUAUGUUCUACGUUUUAUUUUAUUAUUAUUAUUAUUAUUAUUUUCUCUCAUUUUGUACAAAUUGCAGAUUUACCUGAGAUAAAAGAAGAAGAAAAAAACAAGAUGCAUUGUAAUUUUUUUAUUACGAAAUAUUGUAUUGUUCUUCGCAUUAUUUUUUCAAUGAUAAAGGAUGUUUGCUCACGAAUCUACCACUGGAUAUUCGGUGAUCAUGAUUAUUCGAUACCAACCGAUGUGAGACGAUCCAUCUAGAUAAUAUUCGAGUUUAAUAUCGUUGUUAAUGAUUAAGACUUGAAAUUUAUUGUGCUAUUUGCAGAUAAUGUAAAUACAGUAUAAUAUAGCCAAGUUUACACAAACUAUUGUUGAAUGACGAUAAAUUAUUGCCUCGUUAUUCAUUUAUUAUUAUUAUUUUUAAUUUCAGGUUUUAUUCAGUUGCGUUCAAUGAAUGGCUGACGUUAAACGUCGGAAAUCAGACGAUUAAAAAGAAAUAUUUAAAAACAGGUAUCAAUGAGAAUAAGACAAAUUUAAUCGAUUCACACACGGGUUUUAUUGCAUUCCAUGUUUUUAUUAAUUUUUUUUCCCCCAUCAGACAAUUGAAAACUUCACCUCCACUCAUACCUCAUCCCAAUGUCUCGUUACACAUUCCCCUUAAUUAUAAUAAUUAUUAUCGUACUUUAUUUACAGAAGAGUUAACAUAAUAUGUUUAAUUAAACGUUAAUUGCCAUAAUAUUUAUAAUAAAUUAUGAUUACACUGCGAAAUUUUUUUAUUUUUUUUUCCAUCUCGACUAUCGAACUAAUUGAUCUACUUGCACUGCUAAAAUCGACUACAUGAUUUCAUCCAUUAUUUUUAUUAUUUUUAUUAUUUGUUGCUGUUAUUUAUUUUUUUAUAUCCCUCAUUUUUCAGUGUUUUAUCGGCUACUAGCUCUAGUUGCAACUAUUACACAUUGGCUAAGUGUCUAUCUACUUCAUUCGCAGGUUUUUAUUUUUCAUUAAUUCUUAUUCAUCUCAGGAAAAAAUUUUUUUUUCUCUCCUCUGAGCACUUUUAUCAUUCAUUCCCAUGCCCUUUUAUUCGUCAUACGAAUAUUCUCUCUCACACGCACGAAAAGAUGAGACUGACGUCUCGUAUUUGCCCUCUCAUUUCUCUCUCUCUCUCUCUCUCAUUUUUUUUUUGUAUUUUCUUUUUUUGGAAAACGUAGAAAAAAACGAACACGAGUCAGCGCCAGCGACUCGCUAGUUAUCGUCCCUCUCUUUUUGGCUUUUUUUUUUAAUGCCCCGUUGAGAACAAUGAAGAAAAAAGCUGUACAAUACGCAGCCCAUUACCUCUGAGAUUAAGAGGCACUGAAGUCUCAGAUUUUUUUUUUACCCUUUUCUCGUAUUUUUUUGGUUUUUCAUUUUUUUUUUCAUUUUUUUGUUUUUCGUUAAUCAAACAGUUGUUUCACUCGCUUGACGCUCAACUUUCGAGGGUACGUAAAAAAAUUGACGAUUCUAGGCUAGUUCUAGGACUAAUAAGCAAAUUGGGGUGUUCUGGUAAUUUUUUUAUUAUUGUUUAUUAAUUUGUCGUUUGGUAACAGGUGUUCGGUCGGUUGUCAACUCGAAAUGGAAAUGGAUUUCAAGAGAGGUGGGUUCCAUUGUCUUGAAUGUUUUUUUCACUUUUUUUUUUUGUUUUGAAAAGUCAAAUUUUCUGAUUGAAUAUUUUUUGAUUAUGCAAAAUGGCAAGACGAGUUGACACUUCCAUGAGAAUUUUGAAGAUAUCUCAAAAAUUAAGGGAGUUACCGGAAUUUUUGUGGUAACACUUUCUGAAGAUGUUCGUGAGCUCUACAAAAAAGGUCUCAAUAAAAAUUUCACUAUCUCCUUUAAUUCCGGAGAUAUUUUCGAAAAACUGACAUUUGCAGUUCAUUUUUUUGACAGUUUGCCGCGGUUUUUUAUCGUUGGAGAUGAUGGACCGCGGAAAUUUGAUUUUUAUCUUAUACCCUGUCCGUUGAAUGGAUAUAGGGAGCACACGAAUGUGAAACGUCACUUGGACGAAAAAAAAAGAAAAAAGACAAGUUGAGAAAAAAAAAAGAAAAAUGAUAAAAUUCCCAAAUACUUUAACUCACUCGAAGCUCAUAAAAUUCUCAAAAUCUCUCUGACAAAUAUCACUCUCUCCCUCACACAUACACAAUCAAUUACAAUCACACAAACACACAUAUUCAAACCUCGUGUGCAAUGCAAUUACUUUAAUAAUUAUUUCAUUUAAUAUUUAUAUACUCAAUUAGCCAUAUUAUUACUUUAUUAUAAUUAGUAUUACAAAAGCUUGAUUAUUUGGAUCGGACUGUAGCAAUAUAUUCACAUAACUAUUCAUUUCAGUGGAAAAUAAAAAUUCAACGGUUUUACAAAUUACAAUUCGCACGAAUAAAUUCUCCUCGACGUGUCAUCUUAAUUAUCAAUUCAAAUUUUAAAUACUUCGACACCGUCUUCAAUUUUCAUCUCUCUCUCUCUCUCUUUCUCUCUCUUUUUUUUCACUCAUAGCUACAUUUUUCAAUCUAUAACAAAUAGAAUUUAUUCAUCAAGAAUUCAUGACUGACUAAAAUGUACAAUGGGCCACUGUUCUGCCCCAAAAAACUUAGAUCAAUUUAAUUUAAAAAAAUUCACAACGAUAAUUUUAUUAAUUCUCCACUUUUAUCCAAAUCGAUUUGUUCUCUCUGCACUGUACACUCAGGGGGGUAGGGGGAGGGGGAGGGGGGGGGCAGUCACAAUAAAUUAUUUGUGGAAAGGAAAUAGAUAAUUAUCAAACCGUUUUGUCGAGCAACACAUGAGUUGAGGGAUGGUGACGAAAUUAAUUUUUUUUUAUUUUGUUUCUAAUAAAUCAAACGAAUUAAUUAAUUGUAUUUUUGACUUCAGUCGACUGCCAUUACAUCGAGAGCCCUAGAGUUCUAAUUAUUAUUAUUUUUUUUUUGUUGAAGCAUGAUUGUCCGAAAUAUUCGAGCAACAAUAAAUCCAGUGACAAUAAAUUGGUGACAAAUGGACUAUUCCCAGAGCUCUAUAAAAAUCCAGAUGAGUAUGGAUAAAAAAAAAUGGAGAGAAGAAAAAAAUGUGAAGGAUGUGCUCGUGUUUGCCAGGCAUAAGGAAAAACCACCGGCCAUGCAAUUGAUAUGAAAAACAAAUUAUUACAAAAAGGUAAUCGAACUCCAGAUAAAUAUUGUAAAAGAGAUAUUUCGUUUUUUGUUGCUCGACGUCUCGAUUUCUCUCUAGAUUAUAUGAAAAAAAAACAAAAAAAAAA